UCCUUAACUUGCCGGAGGAAGUAGUAAAUGGGUGAGAAAGUGUUUUUCAUGUACACAUUAUAAUCAAACAAAAUGGCUGUUGCCGACAGUCUUCCUGGCGAAUUUGAUGUUAUAGUUCUUGGCACAGGAUUGACAGAAUCAAUUAUAGCAGCUGCUUGUUCAAGAGUUGGCAAGAGUGUGUUGCAUGUUGACAGACAAGCAUAUUAUGGUGGAAAUUGGGCAAGCUUUACUUUUUCCGGGUUGCUUGCAUGGAUUGAGGAGAAUAAGGAAGCAUUCAGUAAAGAGGAAAUAACAGAAUGGAUGAAUGACAUUAAUGAAGGUGAAGAAAUUAUACUGUUGAACUCGUCUGAUAAAUCCAUAAUGAAUGUGGAAGUAUUCAAUUUUGCAAGUCAAGAUCCUGUUGAAGACGUAAAAGAAGAAGCUUCUUUACAGAAAAAAGAUGAUUUGUUUCUGACAGUUGAUCUAGUUGAAGACUUAAAAGAAGAGGGCUCUUCACAGAGAAAAGAUGAUUUGUUUCUGACAGUUGCUGUAGCAGAAUCUUUUGAAUCGGGUAUUGAGAAAAGUCCUGAUACAUAUGUUAAUGAACAUCCAGCAGAGACUUUAGAACACAAUGAUGUGUGUACCUCUUCACAGAAGAAAAAUCCAGAAUUAUCCAUAGAUGAAAAAAGGUCUGUUAACGUGUGUAAAACUUCAGUUGCUGAAACAAGAAAGACUAUUACUUAUUCUCAAAUCAUCAGGGAAAGCCGAAGAUUUAAUAUUGAUUUGGUUUCCAAGCUGUUGUAUUCUCGGGGCUCUCUGGUUGAUCUUCUUAUUAAAUCUAAUGUAAGCAGGUAUGCAGAAUUCAAAAAUGUGAACAGGAUCCUUACUUACCAAAAUGGAAGUGUGGAACAGGUGCCAUGCUCUCGAGCAGAUGUCUUUGGAAGCAAACAGCUUACUAUGGUUGAGAAAAGAAUGCUUAUGAAAUUUCUCAGUUUUUGUAUUGAGUAUGAGCAACAUCCUGAAGAAUAUGCAGAUUUCAAGGAACGCACCUUUUCAGACUUUUUAAAGACCAAGAACCUGACACCAAACCUUGCAAAUUUCAUUCUCCACUCAAUCGCCAUGGUUUUAGACACUGAUCUCACCACAGAAGGCCUUCGAGCAACUCAGCAUUUCCUACAGAGUCUUGGUCGAUAUGGAAAUACACCCUUUCUUUUUCCCCUUUAUGGUCUUGGAGAAAUCCCACAGUGUUUCUGUAGGAUGUGUGCUGUUUUUGGUGGGAUUUACUGUCUUCGUCAUGGUAUCCGGUGUCUAGUAGUUGACAAGGAAACAAGAAGAUGUAAAGCCAUCAUUGACUCUUGUGGUAAGCGAAUCAGUUGUGGGCAUUUUCUUGUGGAGAGCAGUUACCUGUCAGACGAUCAUCACCAAAAAGUAAAAUACAGGCUCAUCUCUAGGGCUGUACUUAUUACAGACCGCUCUUUACUAAAAGCAGAUUCUGAGCAGCUGAUUUCACUUGUUACUGUACCUCCUUUGAAAAGUGGACAACCUGCAGUCCGUAUUAUUGAGCUCUGUUCCUCUUCAAUGACCUGCAUGCAAGGAACCUAUUUGGUGCAUCUUACUUGUUCGUCUGUUGAAACUGCUAAAGAAGAUCUGAGUCCGGUGGUGUCCAAAUUGUUUUCUGAAAACAUGAAGGCAGGUGAAAAGGGUGAAGUAGAAGCAGAGAGGCCCAAUGUUUUGUGGGCACUUUAUUUCAAUAUGCCAGAUUUCUCCUCUGUGGAGAGAAGUUCCUAUGAUCUUCCCAACAAUGUCUAUGUCUGCUGUGGACCAGAUAGUGGUCUUGGGAAUGAUUGCUCAAUUCAACAGGCAGAGCACAUAUUUCAUCAGAUGUUUCCUGAUGAGGAGUUUUGUCCUCCUGCACCAAAUCCUGAAGACAUAGUUUAUGAUGGAGAUGGUACUCCUCCAGAGGAGUCAGUAUUUAAAGAGCAUGGGGAAUCUGAAGUUGGAGAUGGAGAAGAACGCACAUUAGAUACCAAAUACCUAGUCACAUCAACUACAAAUGAGGCUGAAGAUGCACAAGAAUCUGUCAAAGAAAUUCCUACUGAAUGAACCAUAUUUGAUGAGAAACAUUUAUUCCUGUUUAGGGACAAAUACAAAUUGUCAACAUUUAUAUCUUUAAAUGCUCUGAACUCUACAAUUUUAUCAUAUUUCAGAAUGUAAACUUAUAUAUUGGUGGAUUCUUGUAAAAUUCAACAAUAUGACCAAAAUGGUUAGUUUGCAUGUAUUGAUAUUUAAUUAUUUUAAACCACUAGUUUUGAUUAAAAGUGUUAGAGGAUAAUAAAUUAUAUAAGCUAUAGCCUAUGCAAUUUUUUGUUUGGGAAAUUUGAAAUAAAUACUACUCCAAUCAUA